CGGCGCAGCAAGUGUAAAGUGUAACCAGUCCUGGGCGGACGGUCAAUCCGUUGCCUCGCUCUCUCGAUUAAGAUCGAUCAAUUGGAUUCGUCGUAUGAGCAAAGUCACCGAGAAGAAAACGAGUCGAGAAAAAAAGUGAUUUAGACUGUGUACAAAUUUUGGAUUACCCUUUUUCGCGAGAUUUCGUGAGGCAGGGCUUUAGAAGAACACAAUGUCAGCAGCUGUAAGGGAGCGGACGACGACGCACACCAGCAGAAAGAUCGUGAGUCAUGGCGGUCCUAUAUCUGGCCAGAGAGACGGAGCAGCAACGGCCAGCAGCCUCGAAAACAACUUAGACGCACUUCUCGAGGAUCUGCAGACGAGUGUCUCGAGAAGUGCCACUCCUAGUCGAGACAGAGUACUUUCGCCCCAAGUCGAAUAUCGGGUGGCUGCCAACCCUACCAGAGUGGUCUCCGAGGGUAGCAGACCCAUAUCUCCAAGUCGUACGAAGGUGACUACCACCGAGAAAUUUGUGAGUACUGGUCCAACCGGCGCACCCAGUGGUAUCCCGGGAUUAGAGCUCCUAGAUGCAGAGUUGCAAAACGUUCAACCCGGUCAAAGCAAAACGAUAGCGUACAAACAGGUGUCGUAUCAAUACAACAAGGAUUUGGAUGGAAAACCAGAUUCGUGGGUCGUAUCAGAAAACAAACGAUCUCUUACUGGCGCGCCCUUGAUUGACGACAUUCAUGAAACUACUUAUGAGGAGACUAAGACUCCAGCGACAUAUACUACAUAUCAAAGUCCAGAACCAAUUAUUAAAAAAACAGUAGUUAACAGAGAAUUAGUCUAUGGCGACAGUUCAACGUCUCGUUCGAAACAAACCUCUCCUUUACCAGGAACUCAAAGGGAUGUCAAAUACAUUCACGAAUCUAGCUACCAAACUGAUCCGCGAUCAACUCAAGCAUUAACUACAGUGCAUACGAGCACACCGCAAGAAUACAAAACCAUUGAAUACGUGCCGGUUCCGUCACCAACUCCAGCGAUACCGAUCAAUCUGGCACCCGGUCCGAACACAAAGGUGACUACCACGAUCAAGACGUAUACAUACGAACUGCCAGGAGCGCCGGAAACAUAUCUACCAGGUGGCAGUGUGCCAGGAAGAAAUGUUGUACUGCCUGGUGAUCAAACCAUCACGUACACCCUACCAGGAACAACCACAACUGCCACUACAGACAAGACAGUCACCUACCAAACCAUGACAGAGAAUGUACCCGGACAUCUCGAUACAUCGGUCAGAUACAAUAGCCCGUCGAACGAUGUCACCGAAAAGUCUACGACCAUCCACAAGGAAGCAAAAUACUAUCGCGAGGAACACGACGAUCCUAGUUGGAAGCCGAUUUACCGCAACGCACCGUUGCCAACAAAUAUGGAGACCAAGACCACCGUGACUGAGAAGUAUUAUCAGGUUGACGGUAAUUAUCCCAAUGGCCACGGACCGGAUGAUCGUCCGGAUUAUCCCGGAAGCACAACCGUCAUAUAUCAGAAUCAACCGCCUACCAUUGAACACACGAAAACCAUUAAACGAAUCGAAGAAUAUAGAUCUGAUAGACACAUGACGCCUGAUAAACCGGAUACUCCGACCAAGAUGACGACGACGACUUAUUAUCCGCAACACGGUACACCCAAUACAACGAUUUAUAAAUUUUCGAAUACUACCUCGACAGUACCACCGAGCAAGAACGCGGAGGAUCACGAAGUUCUCCUGCCGAAACCAUUUCCGACUGGUGUCCAGAUGUAUCCCGCUAAGCCAGUCACCAACGGCGAAGGACCACCGAAAAAACUCGAAGAUCUCAUGGCUUCGUUCUCCGACUCUGAGCGGGAAGUAUUGGAAGACAUACAGAGGCAAGAACGUCAUACUAGAGAAUCAUCAUCCAAGAAGAAAGAAGUCGAUUUUAUUCCGCACACACCACCAAAGGUCAAAAGUAAGAACGUUGCCGGCCCACCGGUCUAUUAUCCUCCUGGCUCGGCGGAAUUCACCAAGAAGGAAGAAUCUAGUGCAGCCAUGUCACAAGCUAGUGGAGGGUGGCAAAGGGCAAGUGGAAAAUAUGAAUAUGAGGCCUCCAGUAAAAGCAAAACCAAAACCAGCAAGGGAGGCGCUGUCGUCCCAGUUUGUUUGCCGUUAUGCUGUGCAUUGCCAUGCGUUAUUAUGUAAUUUAAUUUUUGCAUUAACAUAUAUUAAUUAAGCACAUAAUAUGGUCUGAAACAUCUAAUAUCACAAUAUAAAAAUAUAGCCUGCCAAGAAACAGAUCAGAGAAAGAAUUAAUGCAGAUAUAUGGUUUACAUCUAAAGCACAUUAAAAGCUUUUUUGAAUAUUUUUCCUUUUACCACAAAGUACAAUCACUUAAAUUGUACAUUUACUUUUUCUUUGUCUUUUUCUCUUCGAGAUCUAAACUCUUGUCUUAUUUUAAAUAUAUUUUAAAUACAACAAAUAUGGCUGAAAAGCAUAGAUAAAUAUGUAUAUGUGUUAAUAUUUAACAUAUGACAGAUCAUUUAUAUUAUUAAGCAAAUAAUCUCUCAAAACAGAUCUAUCAUGAAAGAGUGAGUUUAUAUAUUAACAUACUUAUAGGUAUAUACUUCAGAAUAACAAAUGUUUA